AUGGCGAAGCACGAUAUUCGAAGGGCGACCAGAUAUGAUUUUGCUGACGUCAUGAGGAUCGGAGACGUAUACGACGGCAAGGACUACCUCUGUUAUCGCUACAAAAGCUUCCUCGACGACCCCAACAACAGAUCAUACAUCUACAUGGUCGGCCAUGCUGUGGUUGGGUUCUCUGCAUCCUUUCUCAUUGAUGGAGGACAGACUUUGCUGUGUCGUAGCGGUAGAGUGAAGGCCUCAUUCCAAGGUCAAGGCAUAUUUCGGACAUUGAAGAAAUAUAACGUGAUGUACUACACCAGCAGCGUCUCCCAGGUGGCAAGGUUACCUCAAUCAACAUCAAUUAACAUGGUCAAGGAAAUGACAAAAGAUUGA